AGGUUUCAGACCACUGCGAGGGGGAAGUAAAACAAAUACAAUAAAAUGUUUAUUUCAGAAACCAUCUAUUUAAACAGUUCUCGGGUGUUUUCCCUCUACCCUGGAUAAAAAUGAACAAGGAAGCGGGAAGGAAUCAACAUCACUGUGUAUAAACAGUCAAAUAGUUGAAAGAUCUAACAUUAUGUCAGAAUUUCACGAAUCUAUUAAGUCUCUAAUAUCAGAGGUUGAAAAGUUUCUAAUAGAGGCAUUGGAACAUGAGAAACUAGGAAAAAAAGCAAAAAACCACAAACAAGAAAUAAUAGACAAAAUAUGCAAACUGAAGGAAAAGUGGCCAGCAUUAGGAACUGCGCACACCUCAGAUCAAGUUAAACCAGCAAAAGAUCUUCCAAAAGAUGAUGAAUCAACAAGAACUGGUGGUAGUUCUAACACAGAUGAAACAGAAGAUGCUUAUUCUGAUUGUAAUGCAGACAUUCCAAAUGUGCCAGUCGUGGAACUUACAAAUUUCACAAAGGCUGGAUUUUUGGAAAAGAAAAAACCAACAGGUCUUAGGAAUAUGCAAAAGAGAUGGUGUGUCAUCAAAGGCAAUAUAUUUUACUACUUUGAUGGUAAGACAUCAAAGAAAAUGAAUGGAGCAUUCAGAUUAGCAGAUUAUAGUUUUGAAGAAGCACCAGAAAUGACGAAGGAUGAUAAGAAGAAGGAACUAUGCUUUAAACUUGUUAGUUCCGCCAACAACAGAACCUAUGAAUUGAUGACUACAACUAAAAGUGAUGUCGAAGAAUGGAAAACUGCAGUCCAACAAGCAAGUGCUGUUGUUCCUACAAAAAUGAAAGAUUUUGAUAACGACGAUGAUGGUGAUAUAUAUGAGCCUGUUGGAGACGAUGCACAUGAGUCACAAGAACUUUAUGAUGAUGGAACAGAAGGAGAUAUUUAUGAAGCAGAACCAGUAGCUUAUCCACCAAAACCUAUACAAGAAGAUAUUUAUGAUGAGGGAGCAUCUGCCCCAAUACAAGAUGAGUUGUAUGAAGAUGCAUCAACUCCUUCUGUGCCAUCUGUACCUCCACCUCGAAUUGCACGUCCUCCGCCGCCACCCGUUCCUGAUGAGGAUCCUUACCAAUCCAGACCACUUCCACCUAUAAGGGAGCCAUAUAAAAAGACAGAAGAACUUCCCCCACCUCCACCACCAGUUGAGGAGGAGGAACUAAAGUCUUACAGAAAUAAGGAUGACUUUGAAAAUAUGUAUAUUGGGAAAUGGGAUUGUACUGGGGAUAAUGAUAAAGAGCUGUCCUUUAAAAAGGGUGAUAUUAUUUAUAUUAUAAAUAGAGAUUUUGAUGACCGCUCAUGGUGGGUAGGUGAAUUAAAUGGUAAAUUUGGAUUGGUACCAAAAAAUUAUCUCACAGAGGCUUAUACAGAGACACUAACAUUCUGAUCAUUUUUAGAAUUUGAUAGUAAUUGUAAUCAAAAUUAUUUACUCUUUCCUCUUACUUCUAUUGUUAGUUGAACCUUAUUAUAUCUUUUUAUUCUCUUUUGGAUAACUUAAGAUAUUUGUGUCGACAGCGGAACAGAGAGACUCAGUUUUUUUUUUCUUGUUUUGAGUUUAGACGGAACAAAUAUUUAUUUUUGUGAAGAUCUGAUUCAGAAUUAAAUUUUGACAUUUGAAUACUAUGUUUUGACAUUAUAAAUGAAAAGUAUAUUUUCAUAUCUGUUUUUCUUUUUUCAGAGAUUAAAAAGAGUUUUCAACAGAAAUGGUACUAACUUUUCAGAACACUUUCUUCUACGGUUUUUUUCCCCAAAAAAAUCUUUUAAUCUCAUUCAAUCUUAUGUCCAAUUUUGUCGAUCUUUUCCAUGGUGCAUUUCACACAGAUUUAUUAAAUAUAAUAUUAAUAACUAUCAGCAGCUUUUCCGAUUGAAAUAUAUUUAGAUUUUAGCACCAGGAAAUAAAAAUUUCUAAAUCUUUACAUAAAAAUCCAAUUCAAAUUCAAAAAUGGUUAUGCUGUAGCAGUAUUUGACAUUUUUUACAUAUUCAGAUGUUUCAAAUAUUUAAUAUUGUAGAUAUAUUUUAGUUAUACAGACGAACAAGUUUUUUUUUAACUUGCAUUACUUUGGUUUCAUUACUAUUCCUGGGGUUCUCUAACUUUUCAUCAUGACUUUGCUUUUUAAUUUAAUCUUAUCAUUAAUUUUUCUUAAUCUGUGGAAAAUGAAAUAAAAAGCUUCUGUUAAAAAAAGUCUUGAAACAAGUUGUUUAUAUAAAUACAUGCAUGGGAUGACUUUCCUCUGCAAGGUGAUUAACAAUAACUAAAUGUUCAUAAAAUAUUUAUCAAUAGUUCACCGAAAAAGAUCACGAUUACACAAUGAUACACGUAUAUUCAUGAAUACUUUUAUAAGUGUUCAUGAAAGGCAAAUGGACAAGAAUGGUUCAUGGGUAGCAAAUUUCAAGUUUUUAUUCAUGAUUUGACAAUAUUCAUGAACCGUUAAUGAAAAAAAUCAGUUCGUGACAUUUUGAACUGUUCCUGUUUUUCAAGAAAAAUUCAUGUAUAUUGUGCUGUCAUUAAUCACACAUUGACAGACAUUCAAAUAUUCUUAAUUCUUGAACAAAAAAUGUCAUUCAUGUUCAUUUGCAGUGCAUGAAAUUUUUGCAGAUUUUAAAUUUUUUUUAUUGAAUCACUGACAGUUGCAAUUGAAAGAGUGUUUCAUAAAACUUGUGUGUGUCAUUUUGACAUAAAGAAGUACUAAGUGCAAUACAUAUUCUGAAAGGUUUAACAUUGCCUACAUAUUAAUCUUUUAUUACAUUGCCAUAUAAGGAUCAUUUCAUUCAAUGCUGUUCAAAUAAAAAAAAACAUAUUCAAUUUAUAUUUUGAUACAAUAAUGAUAAUGAUAAUAAUAAUAAUGAUAAUAAUAAUAAUAAAAAACUUAGAAAGAGAAGAAACAAACAAAUUACCGUUUUUAAAACAUGGUUAACGCUAAAAUUAAACAUUGAAAUUGAAAGUAGUAUGUAAGUUUUAUUCUAACGAUUUAUCAAUAAAAGUUGUAAAUUUUUAAAUCAGCUUUAAGAACAAUGUAAAAUUAUAGACAACAUUAUAUUGUGCGUAAACCAUCACACCAAAUACACAAGGGUAAUAAUGCACAUUCAACAUACAAUUGUGAGACAUUUGUUUCAUAAAUUUAUGAAAUAUUAUUAAUUAUUUAAGGUGAAAAGUUAUCAAAAUGAUUUCCAUCUUAUUGAAUUUCAUGAUGUUUUAAUAUUCAGCAACUAACUUAUUCAGGCAGUUUUAAUCCAGGUUGUUUGUAGUUGUAAUUCUCUAUAAAUUAUGCCUAUUCAAUCCAAACGUAGAUGGUUUUGACUGGUAUCUAUUUAUGAAGUGAUACAUUUUUUUGAUUGCUUUUAUUUAAAAAACAUCAUCUGAUCACAACUUUUUUAGUUCCUUUGGGUUGUGAAGAUCCGUUCUAUGCUAAUCAUAUUUUUACAAAAGUAUUUAUCAUUAUCAACACCAAAACAGAUCAUUUAUAUAUAUGAAAAAAAUGUAAAAAAUAGCAGUAACAACUGACACUGAAAUUAAAUGUCACUGCCUGCUCAAAUAAAAAAAAAAUUAAAUAUAUAAAAAAAAAUGUUGAAUUUUUAUUCCUUUUUCUGGUAAAAUACUGCUGCAUCUAAACCACAAAUCAUGGUCAACCUUUCAAUACUGAUAUGUUGAAUUGUAAUGGUUUACGUAAUGACGAAAUAUCAUUACUUUGAUCAUUUUAGUUUACAUUUGAUUAUUGAUUGUCAUUUAUAUAUUUUUUAUUGAUUGACACCAUGCAUUGUUGUAAAAAUGAUAACCCUUUUAAAUGCUUUUAAUUUGUGUAAUACAUUUUUAAUAAUUUUAAAAUUUAGACUGAAUCUUUUUUAUUGAACAAAUAAUUUUCAUAGAAAAUUAAAAAGAAAAAAUAACUAAAAUAAACUUUUCCAUGGACGAAUUA